AUGCCCCACUCAUCGGCUUCGAGCUCGUCGGGAAGCUCUCGGUCAUCCUCAAGAUCAUCUUCGGCCUCAUCCUUGCGCUCGGGGAGUUCCAAGAAGUCGAGAUCUUCCCAGGUCUCUCACUCCAACAUUAAGAGUGACCACUGGGCUGUAUCCUUCAUGAAAUGGACCACCGGCGCUCCGCUCGGGAAGCCUCUAUCGCUACGAAGAACCAAGGUCCACGAGAUUGACGAGACUUGGGGCUUGUACCAGGACGAUGCUUCAAUGUACAGCGAUUGCUCUUACACCCAUUAUGCGUGGGUAACCCCAAGAUUCGACGACAGCAUUUCCGAAAUAGCGUCCAGGACAAGUAGUCGCUCGUCUGGCCGUCUUCGGAGGAAACACCGCUCCAGAGCCCCGCCUCGCUUCGGACCGUCUCCCGCCAUGCACCCGCCACCUCUCUUCGCGCAACACCCACAUCCACCGGGACCGCCUCCUCCACCGUUCAUGUCGCCCCAGCACACAUUUCACGAUAACCAUGGCUACGAAGGCGAAGACGACGACGACGACGAGGAUGUCGAGAGCGGUUACGAAGAUUACGGCACAGAACCGCAAUUCCACCCACAUCCUCACCCUCCUUUCCCGCCAGCGUCCGCACACCCGCCAGCCCCGGGUGGCGAAGCUCCCUUCAUCGUUCUGAACGGCGGUGGCGGCGGCGCUCACAAAUACACGCCUUGGUGA